AAAAGGUGAUAUCAUCUAAAUUCCGGUCGUUUAAACUUGAAACUCAGACAAACUCGCUCCAGUCAGUCGCCGGUUGUUGUGGUCAGCGCAAUAAAAUUCACUUUCAGUGAGUGCCAUACACCCAGUGUCCCCAAAACCAAUGACAACGCUAACGCGCUCCAACUCCCGCGCCAUGCCGUCCUACAAGGAGUACGUCAACUUCCUCGGCGGCUACAAAACCGGAAAAAAGGACGACGAAACCUCCGACAGUGCCAUUUCCAUCAGCACCAGCACGUCCUCCUCCUCCCUCAGCUCAGCGGACGCGCCAGACUUUGCCAAAACCGCCUGCACCCCCUACACCACAUACGUCCAGAACCAAAAAAACCGAAAAUUCAACCCGGUUAAACCGAGCUUUGACGCCAAACCGACGAAAAAAACCGAGAUUUUCAUCGAAAUCCAACCGACAAAGUCCGUCAGUGAAGUGAGCAAGAUUUUCGAAAACCCAAACAAACUCAACUCAAAAAUCAGCGUUUUUGAAAACAAACCCAAAAUCGCAACUAAACCAAAAAUUGACCUGGACCUGCCCCCACCGCCCCCGGAAUUUCUCGCACCCGACUUUUUACCGCCGCCCCCGCCCGAAUUUCUACUAAACGAGUCAAAAGUUGCGCCGCCACCGCCGCCCCCACCCCCGCAAGUCAACCACACACCGCCCCCUUUACCCCAAACUUCGCCCCCUAGACUACAGGCGAGUUUGACAAAAGGGCCCCCUGCCAAAUUUUCGGUUGAUAAUCCCAAAGGGGUUGCUCCUGAAAUUGACAGAAAUGACCCAAUGGUCCGAAAAUUGGUCUAUGGUACUUUGAGGGGUCUCUAUGGGGCUUACCAUGACAAGGCUAGUGAUAUGUUGGCAACAAUGCCCAAAAAUAUGGUCGUUAGGAGCAACGGGGUUAGGGACAGGAUUGAACAAAUUGCGUCCAACGGUGACUUGGAGAAGCUGAACGGGCGGGUGAAUCCGAGAUUAGAGGAGUGAAUUCUGGUCUAGACUGUAUAGUAAUUAGUACUAUUAUCAGUAAUUAUCACUAUGUAGCUAUAUGGUAAUAAAGUUUUUAUUUUGA